ACCAGUCCUCUGUGAUCCAUCACUGUUGUUUGCAGCUUCUGGGUCAAAUAAAUGGAGAAAUGUUUUGAAGGUGGACUGUUUUUUCUCUCAUGGUGGAGCUGAAUUUGAAAUAGAAAAGGAAGGAUCCAAGAAACGCAGUUUCAGCUUGCUCCAACUGCCCUCAUCGGCAUCAUAAUCUUCCCAUUAUUUCGACAAAGGGCUGCACCACUAGGAUUAAACGUGUACCAAGUGGAGAUUUCGUCUACUACUACAGAACUAUGGUUGGAUCUUAUGAUUUCCUAUUGAGGCCUUAGCAAGUCGGCUCUGGCUGGUUCAUGGACUCUUGAAGGGGAGACGGCACACGAGGGAGGGGAUAAUGCAUACCCCUCCUGUGCUGAUCUCAGAAGCCGCCAUGAGCAACGUGACUGUCCUCGACACCUCGGAUCCCUCUAACCUCGAUAUGACCCAGUCUGCCGCCCCCUACCCCGUCAGCUUCCAGGUGUCACUGACAGGGUUCCUGCUGCUGGAGAUUGUGCUGGGCCUAAGCAGUAACCUGACAGUGCUGGUCCUCUACUGCAUGAAGCAGAAUCUCAUCACCUCCGUGUCCAACAUCGUCACCAUGAAUCUGCAUGUCCUAGACGUACUAGUGUGUGUGUCUUGCAUCCCUCUGACUGCCGUGGUAAUACUCCUCCCCCUAGAGGCUGAUACAGCGCUGGUCUGCUGCUUCCACGAGGCCUGUGUCUCCUUCGCUAGCGUAGCCACUGCCUCGAACGUGCUAGCCAUCACUGUCGACCGCUACGACAUCUCAGUGCGUCCAGCCAACCGCAUGCUAACAAUGGGCCGCGCCGUGGCUCUGCUGGGCUUAAUUUGGGCUAUGUCCUUCUUCAGUUUCCUGGUCCCCUUCAUGGAGGUGGGCUUCUUCAGUGAUUUUGGCUCAGAGUUCGUCAACCAGACUGCAGUUGCCUCUGUGGUCCAUACUAAUGAGUACUAUACAGAGCUGGGGCUGUACUAUCACCUCUUGGCUCAGAUACCCAUCUUCUUCUUCACGGCCGUAGUCAUGCUGGUGACCUACUACAAGAUACUCCAGGCACUGAACAUCCGCAUCGGGACGCGCUUCCAACACAACCAGCCCAAGAAGAAGCCCCGCAAGAAGAAGACCAUCUCCUUGACCACCGCAACGCAGGUGGAAUCUACAGAUGCGUCCCAGGGCAGCGGGGCAGUCCGAGGGGGCGGAAACCCACCUGCGGUCCUGUCCAUGCGGACCUCCGUCUCCGUCCUCAUGGCUCUGCGCAGGGCCGUUAAACGCCACCGGGAACGGCGGGAGAGGCAGAAACGCGUCUUCAGGAUGUCCCUACUCAUCAUCUCCACCUUCCUGCUCUGCUGGACGCCCAUCACAGUCCUCAACACGGUCAUCCUCAGCGCAGGGCCCUCAGACUUCACGGUCAAGUUGCGGUUGGGUUUCCUGGUCAUGGCCUACGGGACGACCAUCUUCCACCCGCUGCUCUACGCCUUCACCAGGCAGAAGUUCCAAAAGGUGUUGAAGAGCAAGAUGAAGAGGGUGGUGUCCGUGGUGGAGGCUGAGCCCACGCCCAACAACGUGGUCAUUCACAACUCCUGGAUCGACCCCAAGAGGAACAACAAGAAAGUCACCUUCGAGGAGACUGAGGUCAGGCAGAAGUGUCUAUCUUCCCAGGAUCCGGAUUCAAACAACAUCGUCUGUCAUCCAUGAUAAGGCUAUAGUGCAUCGUGAAGAUUGGCGCGGCUUGGGGGAAGUUGUUAAGUCGAAAGACAUACCUCUCAACAGAGGUGGCAGAGUGGGAUAACUUGGAAUAAGCUAUGUCCAUCUUCAGAGAAAGUGGAAUAAAGAGAUCAUUUCUGAGAAGCCAUUGAAUAUCUGCAUGUCUAGAGGGAGUUGGUAGACAUGAGUGUGCGCCAUGGUCAAGAUAGAAAAGCUUCGGUUCAGAAGAUGCAGAAUAAGAGAAAGUGGAUUAUGAGGACGUGAAAUAAGAAUAAAAUGGAUUAAGCAAUGGACACAUACA